AUUAUCAUUUUAUUUAUAAUAAUUCCUAUUUUAUUUCCUACCUUCUCUUUUCUGAUCGGCGAUUGUCGGAAGCUCCUAUUCAUCGCCGCCACCUUGCGCCGAAUCGGAUCCACUUCGGAACCCGGAUCCGUGAGCCAUUCAAAUCUGCUUUCCCGUGCAGCGAGAUUCACACUUGGCUCAGCUCAAUUUUGCUCCAACUCCCGAGUACACGUGGCGAUCUGGGUCUUCUUCAACACCCCAUUAUCAGCUCCAAUCUCAACAUGGAAACCAUGUUGGACUGGUCAUAGCUUCUGUUUUGAGAGUUCAACUGUGAAGUGAUUUCAUUCCUACAUGGAAGCAAACAAAGAGGAAGCACUUAAAGCAAUAGAGAUUGCUGAAAAGCGAUUUGCUCUGAGAGACUUUGCGGGUGCAAAAAAUUAUGCUGUAAAGGCUAAGACGCUUUGUCCAGGAUUGGAGGGCUUAUCUCAAAUGGUGGCCACAUUUGAAGUUUACAUUGCUUCUGAGGUCAAACAUAAUGGUGAACUAGAUUAUUAUUCAAUUCUUGGAUUAAAGCCUUCUGCAGAUAAAGAGGCUGUGAAGAAACAGUACAAGAAGUUGGCGGUGUUGCUUCAUCCAGAUAAGAACAAAUGUAUGGGAGCUGAUGGGGCAUUUAAGCUAGUUUCUGAGGCUUGGACUUGGCUAUCAGAUAGUUCUAUGCGCAGUUCUUACGAUCUCAAGAGGAAUGCACAGUAUGGUGGAACUAAUCAGACAAGUUUAUCUGCUGUCCAUACUGCAGGGGCUGCUGGUUAUAACAAGUGUUCCAAUUUGUCAACCUCUUGUGGUAGGCUUGACACCUUUUGGACAAUUUGCACCUCUUGUAAGGUUCAGUAUGAGUAUUUGCGCAAGUACGUGAAUAAAAGACUCUCUUGUAAGAACUGCCGUGGCACUUUCAUUGCUGUUGAAACUGGGGCAGCCCCGGCAAAUGGUUCAUUUCCAUAUUGUCCUUGGUCAUAUGUGCCCGGAAAUGGGUAUGGAAGCCAUUCAUUUGAUGGAGUUACUUAUGUUCCAACUAAUGCCACCUAUUUCAAUGGGAAUGGGGUUGCAGGAUAUCAUUCUGGACAUGGAUAUGAGUAUGUUUCAAAUGUUUCGUUUCAGUGGGGCUCUGCUGGAGUUGUCAAUCAAAAUGGAUCAACUACCUUACCUGCCGAUUCUGUUUAUCAGGCCAAUGGAAAUGCGAAGAGGGGAAGACCAAAAGUCAAAUCUGGAGCUGAUAAGAGGCAGCACAUGGCAGAGACUAUGGUCAAUACAAAUGCAGAUGUAUCAUUCUCUUGUAGUGAACCACAGGAAGAUAAGCUAAGUAGACCUGACAAGAAGCAAAAAGUUGUUGUGGGAGCCAGUUUCAGAAAUGGCUAUGAAGAGAAGGGGUCAAAAUGUGCUACAGAGUCUGUAGUGGCAAACGGAAAUGAUAGCAUGGGACAUGGCCAGAAGCCUUCCAGCACAAAUGAAGCUCAAACCAAACAAUAUUCCAUGGCACCGGCAUUUGAUGCGAGAAAAUUAUUGAUCGAGAAAGCCAGGACAGAAAUUAGGAAGAAAUUGGAGGAGAUGAAGUUGUCAUCCGAAGCUGCAGCAGCUGCAACUUUGAAUGAGAAAGAAAAAUCACAAGCUGAAAUUGGUCAAGUCAAAAGAGAGACAUGUAGAAGAGCAGCUCUGAAUGUUUCUGGUCUUCAAUUAGAACAUGGGAAAGCUGGUCCAAUCUCAAUUACUGUCCCAGAUUCUGACUUUCAUGACUUUGAUAAAGAUAGGUCAGAGGAAUGUUUCAAGCCGAAGCAAAUAUGGGCCUUAUAUGAUGAGGAAGAUGGAAUGCCUCGAUUGUAUUGUCUGAUCCGUGAGGUUGUGUCUGUCAAUCCGUUUAAAAUUCAUAUCAGUUACUUGAGUUCCAAAACUGAUAGUGAGUUCGGUUCAGUAAACUGGCUGGAAUCAGGUUUUACCAAAUCUUGUGGAAAUUUCAGGGCUUGGAAUUCCGAUGUUGUUGACCAAGUUAACAUAUUUUCUCAUGUUCUAAGGCAGGAGAAGGCUGGUCGAGGUGGCUGUGUUCGCAUUUAUCCCAGAAAUGGAGAUAUCUGGGCUGUGUAUCGAAAUUGGUCACCGGAUUGGAACAGAUCUACACCGGAUAACGUGAGGCAUCAGUACGAAAUGGUUGAGGUGCUGGAUGAUUACUCGGAGGAACUUGGCGUCUGUGUUAGUCCACUUAUUAAGUCAGCUGGAUUUAAGACAGUAUAUCAGAGGAAUACCGACAAAAGCGCCAUAAAAUGGAUACCUAGAAGAGAAAUGUUGCGCUUUUCACACCAAGUACCUUCUUGGUUGCUGAAGGGGGAGGCAAGCAAUUUGCCUGAAAGGUGUUGGGACCUUGAUCCGGCUGCAACUCCAGAUGAACUUCUUCAUGCCGCUCCUGAAGCAAACGCUUUGUAGGUUAUGGAAUAGUGAAACAAUUAUUUGGGUUGCUCUUUAGCAUUCUUCCCACAAUAUUUUAGAUUUAACUGUACACUAUGUCACAGUUGGUUAGAGACCAAUGAGACAUUAACCACGGAUGUUUUAGAGGGUAAAAUUUUAUUUUGUAACAUUUGUCUAGUAGACUUUCAGAUCUAGUGAUUGCUUGUUCGGUAAAGUUUCUUCCUUCUUGCCAUAGGAGUUGCAGUAAGAGAUUGGCACUGGGUCUGCCUGCUUGUAACUGUAUUUCUGACCAGUAUUUACUGGUAAAGAAUUUAUUCAAUUAAAAGCCUGAAUCCAAUU